AUCAUCUCUCACUCGCACUCAGCCAACAAAGCAACCGACCAAUCAUUCGAUCCCACGAAGCCCCCCCCUCUCUCUCUCCAUCCCUCGGUGGUCUUGGAUCUUAAAAUCCCCAAUUCAUAGGGUUUGACAUCUCUUUGAUUGUCGUUUGACAUUUCUCCGAUCGAUCUUCGAAAUUAAUUUGAGGAAUGGCGGGGCAGAACCAGACGCCGAAUAUCGAUCCAUUCGAUGCCUACUUUCGGAGAGCAGAUUUGGAUCGCGACGGUCGGAUCAGUGGAGCUGAGGCUGUUGCCUUCUUGCAGGGCUCCAAUUUGCCCCAACAAGUCCUCGCUAAGAUAUGGAUGUAUGCUGAUCAACAUAAAACUGGUUUCCUUGGUAGAGCCGAGUUUUAUAAUCUUCUUAAACUUGUCACUGUUGCACAAAGUAAGCGAGAACUGACCCCAGACAUUGUGAAGGCUGCAUUAUAUGGUCCUGCUUCAGCUAAAAUUCCUGCUCCCCAGAUAAAUUUUGCAGCCACACCUGCUGCAUCAAGUCCUAUGCCAGGUACACCUGUCCCACAGUUGAGUGGCACCACCCUAAUGCCUUCCCAAAAUAUUGGUGUCAGAGGGCCACAGGUAUCUGCAAAUCCAAGCAUGGGCCAACAGUUUUUUCCUCCUCAGCAAAAUCACCUGGGAAAACCACCUCGACCCAUGCCUCCUAGUACUGCAUUUCACCCACAGCAGGGUGUUCCAAGUCAAGGAAUGUCUGGUGUAGGUACUAUGACAGCUCCUCCUUCAAGCACAAACAUCUCCACUGGUUGGCUUGGUGGAAGGACAGGUGGCCCCCCUGCAGGAGUGGCUCAAAUUCCUAACAGAGGGAUUACUCCAUCCAUAACUCAGGAUGGAUUUGGGAUGGCAGCACCAGGUAUGACAGCCUCACAGCCUAGACCGCAUGCAACCACUGGGUUGAUGCCUCCUGCUGCACCAAAACCACAUGACCCAACUUUGCCGUCCUCCGAGGUGGGAGCUGAGGAUUCUAAAGCACUGGCUGUUUCUGAAAAUGGGUUUGCAUCUGACUCUGUUUUUGGAGAUGUAUUUUCUGUAACCUCGUCUCAACCAACACAAGAUUCAUCAGCACCUGAAUCUUCUGCCAGCAACUUGCCUGUUUCAUCAGCUAUUGUUCCAACAUCUACUGGAUCUCAAUCUACAGCUAGGCCAAGCCCACUUGGAUCCUUACAAACUGCAUUUUCUCAGCAAUCUGUGGGCAGUCAGCCCCAGCAAGUGCAGCCAACUGUCAAAGGAAUCCAACAAGCUUCUGUGCAGAGUUCGACAGCCUUCAGUUCUGCUAGUGCUGGUUUUCCAGUUGGAGCUGGAAAUUCUGCUUCUGACCAAUCCCAGAUUCCAUGGCCAAGGAUGACUCAGUCUGAUGUUCAGAAGUACACCAAAGUAUUUGUGGAAGUAGACACAGAUAGAGAUGGAAAAGUAACUGGUGAACAGGCACGCAACCUGUUCUUAAGUUGGAGGCUGCCACGAGAGGUCUUGAAGCAGGUUUGGGACUUAUCUGAUCAAGAUAAUGAUAGCAUGCUUUCUUUGAGAGAAUUCUGUAUUGCGGUGUAUUUGAUGGAACGGUAUAGGGAAGGCCGCCCUCUUCCUAGAACACUUCCAAGUGGUAUUAUGUUUAAUGAGACACUAUUGCCUGCCUCUGGCCAACCUGCUGCAGCUUAUGGCAGUGCAACUUGGAGACCUACCCCUGGUUUGCAACAGGCUCAAGUGAUGCCUGGUGCACAGCCAGGUACUCCUGCUGCUAGAGCAAGACCACCAAAUCAAGUUUCUGUUCCUCUGCCAGAUGAAGCCAUGCAGCCUACUCUGCAGAAGUCCAAAGUUCCAGUUCUGGAGAAGCAUCUUCUGAACCAGCUAAGUGAAGAGGAGCAGAAUUCACUUAACUCAAAGUUCCAAGAGGCAACUGAGGCAAAUAAAAAGGUGGAAGAAUUGGAGAAGGAAAUUUUAGAUUCUAGAGAAAAAAUUGGGUUCUACCGCUCCAAGAUGCAAGAAAUUAUUUUAUACAAAAGCAGAUGUGACAAUCGGCUAAAUGAGAUCAUUGAAAGGACUUCCGGGGACAAACGCGAGGCUGAGUCACUUGCAAAGAAAUAUGAAGAAAAAUACAAGCAGAUUGGAGAUGUAGCCUCUAAAUUAACUAUUGAGGAGGCAACAUUUCGUGACAUUCAGGAGAACAAAAUGGAGCUGUAUCGGGCAAUUGUCAAAAUGGAACAAGAUGGCAAAGCUGAUAGUAUUCAGGUUAAUGCUGAUAAAAUCCAAUCAGAACUGGAUGAGCUAGUGAAAUCCUUGAAUGAACGUUGCAAAAGUUAUGGAUUACGUGCUAAGCCAACCACACUGAAUGAACUUCCUUUUGGUUGGCAACCUGGAAUCCAAGAAGGGGCAGCUGAUUGGGACGAAAAUUGGGACAAGUUUGAAGAUGAAGGUUUCACAUUUGUCAAAGAGCUUACUCUUGACGUGGAAAAUGUUGUAGCCCCUCCCAAAUCAAAAUCCUCAUCAGUUGUUAGUAAAGCAUCUUCCACAAAAGAGGGUGUACAUGUUUCAUCUGCAAAUGCUGAUCAUAAGUCAGAAACGCCACCAAGUGGAGGAGAAAGGAUUCGUGAUGAUGCUCACAGCGAAGAUGGUGUAGCUCGAAGUCCACCUGGCAGUCCAGCUCAUGCUCAAAAUUCUCCAUCUAGCAAGAACUUCAGUGCAGAUGGUUCACCCCAUGCUGGAGAGACCCAGAGUGAACACGGGGGUGUUGAAUCUGUGUUCUCUGGGGACAAAAUUGCUGAUGAACGAAACUGGGGUGUAUUUGAUACUCAUUAUGAUACCGACUCAGGCUGGGACUUCAGUUCUGGUCCUAUAAAGGAUAUGGAAAGUUCCUUCUUUGAUUCUGGUGGCUUGGGUUUACCUCCAAUAAGAACAGACUCUUCAUAUAAAGACACAUACCAAAGGAAGAGCCCAUUUGUUUUUGAAGAUUCUGCGAACUCCCCACAGUCAGACAACUUGUUUCAAAAGAAGAGCACAUAUGUAUUUGAUUCAGUUCCAAGCACCCCACAGGCAGAUAACCUGUUUCAAAAUAAAAGCACAUUAGUAUUCGAUUCUGUUCCUAGCACCCCACAGGCAGAUAACCUAUUUCAAAAGAAGAGCACGUUCGUAUUUGAUUCAGUUCCAAGCACCCCACAGGCAGAUAACCUGUUUCAAAAUAAAAGCACAUUAGUAUUCGAUUCUGUUCCUAGCACCCCACAGGCAGAUAACCUAUUUCAAAAGAAGAGCACGUUCGUAUUUGAUUCAGUUCCAAGCACCCCACAGGCAGAUAGCCUGUUUCAAAAGAGCACGUUCGCAUUUGAUUCUGUUCCGAGCACCCCACAGGCGGAUAAUUUGUUUCAACAGAAGAGCACAUUCGCAUUUGACUCAGUUCCAAGCACCCCCAUGUACAAUUAUAGCAACAACUCCCCACGAAGGUUCAGCAAAGGGUCAGAAGAGCACACAUUUGACAACUUCUCAAGAUUUGAUUCCUUUAACACGCAGGACAGUGGAUUUUUUCCACAACACGACUCUUUAACAAGGUUUGAUUCCAUCCGCAGCACUAGAGAUUCUGAUUAUAGUCAAGGGUCAUACUUCCCACCACAAGACUCAUUUCCAAGAUUUGAUUCCUUCCGCAGCACUGCAGACUCUGAUACUAGCCAUGGGUUGUUUCCACCUCGAGACUACGCAAGGUUUGAUUCUAUCCGUAGCUCCAGCGAUUUUGAUGACAGUCAUGGUUUCCAUUCUUUUGAUGAUAACGACCCAUUUGGGACAAGUGGGCCGUUUAAGACGUCGCUGGAAAGUCAAACUCCAAGGAGAGAUUCAGACAAUUGGAGGGCUUUUUAGUAUGAUACUGUGACAUCUUAUUCAAAUUCGUUUUGUUGGUUCUCAUUUGAAGCUGUUCGCUCGAAGUUUGUGGGUAUAGUAGUAGGUGGAAUCAUGAUUCUGGUUGUGUCAUUCGAUAUGGUUUGACAAUGAGACAAUGAGUUGAAGGUCGUGAUUUGUGGGUUUAGCACAUGUGUAAUUUUGGCUAUAUGAUUCUUCUUUUUCAUCUUUCUUGGAUAUAUACUGAAGAGGGUUUUUUUUUUCCUAUCGUUUUUAAUUUUUAUUUUACUUUAAUCAUCUGUUGUUUUUCAGUGUUCUGUAUUACCUAGGUGUAUAAAAUAUAUACAAACGUGUGAUUUUGUAAGUUGUUUUAGAGUGAAAUUUGUUUCAUCAUGACUUCUUGGUGGUUUGUUUA